CGGAGGUUCUAGAAGAUUAUGGGCCCUGGAUGAUAGCAACGAGGAACAAGAGGCCAAAACACGUCCAGCGACUAAAAGAGUAGGCUAGUGAUGAGAAUCAAAGUAUGAUUCCGGCGAACCCGCAAGUGGCAACCUCAUCAGCUGUAACCCAACAGGCAUCCGGAUCUUGUUUCCAUGCCCUUGAUAAUGAUGAGGCAAAAAUUGCGGUGGAGGAACCAGUUAUGGAAGCCAAAAAUCAAGGGAGUGAGAUCAAGCAAAAAGGGGAAGAAGCUAUUAAGGCAGGAAUGGUGAGCAACGGCUCUGGAAAAUCUAUUGGGGAGGAAAGAGGUACUGAUAAAGGAAAGAAGAGUCAUAAAACGGAGAAGGAAAGAGGAAAAAAGGAGAAAUCUGAGGCUAAGAAGAAAGGCUCAUCUAGGACAAAUGACACGAAUAACGAGUUGAAGCCCCCGUCGUUCUCCAAAACUUAGCCAAAUUCUGGGCCAGCUGCCAAGAAUCGGUCCUGCAAUUCUGGCACCCUGACCCAGACACAACUCAUGGGCCCAAAAUCACCUGUUGUUUGCCAGCCCAAUAUCGGGCAAACUGUAUCCACCCCGCUGGAAGCCCAACAGAGGCAUCAGGAAGGGGGAGAUAGCUCGACCGACACCCAAUCCGUCGGGAAACAAAUGGGGAAUGCUCUU